AUGGUUCAUGGAAACGACAAGGUUGGUGAUAUUGCCCCAGAGGAUAUUGAUAUCAUGUACCACACCAAUGUUUUGGGUUUAAUAACUCUUACCCAGCAAUUCAUUCCCAAAUUCAGGGCUCAAGGACAUGGUGAUGUUAUCAACAUCGGUUCUAUUGCUGGUAGAGACCCCUAUCCCGGUGGUGCUAUCUACUGCUCCACCAAGGCUGCUUUACGUUCGUUCACCGAGACAUUGAGAAAGGAGACCAUUGACACCAGAAUUCGUGUUAUUGAAAUUCAACCUGGUGCCGUCGAGACUGAAUUCUCAAGUAAGUUGCGCAAUUAG